UAUAAAUGUCAGCAAAACCAGCCAUCUUUAACUUUAAUUUUCCAAUUGAAAAUUUGAGGUCAUAAAAAAAAAGAGAGAAUAUUUUUCAAUUUGCUACUUGGUAGUUCAUAUAUUCUUCAAAAAACAACACUUGGCUGUUGUAAAUUGUGUAAUAUUAAUUGUACUACGUCACGAGAAUGGAAGAACGUUAUGAGAUUAUUAAAGGUAUUGGGUCAGGAAAUUUUGGGGUAGCAAAGCUUGUAAGGGAGAGACAAAGUGGUAAACUAUAUGCUGUCAAAAUCAUUGAGAGAGGCCUUAAGAUUGAUGAGCAUGUUCAAAGGGAGAUUAUAAAUCAUAGGUCCUUGAAGCAUCCCAAUAUCAUUAGAUUUAAAGAGGUUCUAUGUACUCCAGCUCAUCUAGCUAUAGUGAUGGAGUAUGCUGCAGGAGGAGAACUAUUUGAAAGAAUAUGCAGUGCUGGUAGAUUUUGUGAAGACGAGGCAAGAUAUUUCUUCCAGCAGUUGAUUUCUGGAGUCAGCUAUUGUCAUUCAAUGGAAAUUUGCCAUAGAGAUCUUAAACUGGAAAAUACACUUUUAGAUGGAAGCUCUUCACCACAACUCAAAAUAUGUGACUUUGGUUACUCCAAGUCUUCUGUUCUGCAUUCCCAACCUAAAUCUACUGUGGGAACUCCAGCAUAUAUUGCACCAGAGGUUUUUUCAAGAAAAGAAUAUGAUGGAAAGGUUGCUGAUGUUUGGUCUUGUGGGGUUACCUUGUAUAUAAUGCUAGUUGGUGGUUAUCCUUUUGAAGAUGCAGAUGAUCCACGAAAUUUCAGAAAGACAAUUGAGAGAAUUCUUAAGGUCCACUAUUCUAUUCCGGACUAUGUUCGUGUUUCCAAAGAUUGUAGACACCUUUUAUCUCAAAUAUUUGUGGCCAACCCUGAAAAGAGAAUCACCAUCCCAGAAAUAAAAAUGCACCCAUGGUUCCUUAAUAAAUUGCCAGUGGAAUUUGUGGAGGAAGGGAAAAAUAACAAGUUAGAAAGUGAUUUGAAUGGUGUUGAUGAUUCAUCACAAAGCAUUGAGGAAAUACUGUCCAUAAUUCAAGAGGCAAGGAAACCAGUUGAGGGCCCAAAAAUUGAUAGUCAAUUUGUUGGAGGAGAAAUGGAUUUUGAUGAGAUGGAUGCAGAUGAUGAUUUUGAUAAUGAUAUAGAAACUAGUGACGAUUUUGAUUUUGUUUGUGAUAUGUGAAUGAGUGAGUGUUAGUUUUUUGUGUUUUGAACAAUUGUCUAUAAACAUUAAAAGGCUUAGGACAAGUUGUUUAUCUUAUGUGCAUUUUUUUUUAAAUUUUCCUAUAAUUAAAAGUUUCUAGUCUUAAUCUUUGCCUAAAGUUUGAAUAAA